AAGGAAAAGAUGAAGUAGUACUCAAAGUGAUUGAUCCCCAAGAAAAAGCAUAUAAUAUGUCUGCCACAAAUCAAUCUUGUAUAUACUAAACCCUUACCAACAAGAUAUCAAAAUCUCCCAUUUCCAAAGCAAAGCAUAUCUUCUGGUUACUUCUUCUUCACCAAUGGCUUCCUCUACCAUCCACCUACAACCACCUCUGACAUUGUUCAUCUUCUUCACUACCCAGUUAUGGAAACUCCUCUUCAUCCACUGGGGUUCGCUCUUUUGCUUCUUCUCACCGUCUCUUCUUUCCAUCCAGGAGCUGAAGGAGGAGGUAUUGGGGUUAACUAUGGAACUGUAGCAGAUGAUCUUCCACCACCAGCUGAAGUGGCACAAUUCCUUGUAAAAUCCACCAUUAUCAACCGAAUUCGACUAUUCGACGCAAACCCAGAAAUCCUCAAAGCUUUUGCUCACACUGGAAUCUCAUUCACCAUUACUAUCCCCAACGAUCAAAUCCCACGUCUCACGAAGCUCGCCUCAGCCCAACAAUGGCUCAAAACCACCGUCCAACCCUACCUCCCGGCAACCAACAUAGUCCGAAUCUUAAUGGGCAACGAAGUCUUGGCCACCGCAAACAAGCUCCUAAUCGCCUCCCUCGUCCCCGCCAUGGAAACCCUCCACGCCGCCCUCGUCGACGCCGGACUCGACCGCCGAAUCAAGGUCUCCACCCCUCACUCCCUCGGAAUUCUCGCCUCUUCGAGUCCUCCGUCGACGGGAAAGUUCCGGCAAGGCUACGACAUCCAUGUGCUUAAACCCCUACUGGGUUUUCUCCAGUCGACCGACUCGCCUUUCAUGGUGAACCCGUACCCCUUUUUCGGGUCGUCGCCGGAAACGAUAGAUUACGCUCUGUUCCGAGUCAACGCCGGUGUCGUUGACCAAAACACAGAGCUCAAAUAUAGCAACAUGUUGGACGCUCAGCUAGACGCCGUGUAUUCGGCCAUGAAGGUUUUGGGGUUUUCGGAUCUCGAUAUCGUGAUCGCCGAAACGGGUUGGCCCUCAGACGGAGAUUUGCCCCAGAUCGGAGUCGAUCCGACCACAGCGGCGGAGUACAACGGGAACCUUUUGCAUCACGUGACUUCUGGUUCAGGCACGCCCCUCAUGCCGAACCGGACUUUCGAGACUUACAUAUUUGCUCUCUUUAAUGAGAAUCUCAAGCCCGGCCCAACAUGCGAGAGGAACUUUGGGCUUUUCAGGCCCGAUUUUACGCCAGUAUACGACAUUGGAAUUUUACGGCCCACGGCUCGAUCGUCCGUACCUGUUGAUCCAAUUCAAGACCCAGGGCAUAGCCCAAGCCCAAGACAAAGCCCAGGACCAAGUUCAAGCCCAGGCCCAAGCGCAGGACCAGUGGCGCCGUCACCGGAGACUCCGUCGCCACCACCGAAUGAGGAGGGGAGAGGCAGAGGGAAAGGUUGGUGUCUACCCAAAAUGGCGGCGGAUUCGGAAGACUUGCAAAGGAAUAUUGAUUAUGUGUGUGGGCUGGGCUUAGAUUGUGGCCCAAUCCAAGAAGGUGGGCCGUGCUUUUUACCCAACUCAGUCAGAGCCCAUGCAGCUUAUGCCAUGAACUUGUAUUACCAAGUAAUGGGAACGAACGGCUAUGCUUGUGAUUUCGAGAAAACUGGAGCAAUCUCCCACGUUGAUCCAAGCUAUGGAAAAUGCAAAUAUUGACUGACGCUGAAGAAAAUUCUAAUGGGAAUAAAUCUAGUUUUGUUUUUGUUCACACUCGUGCAACCUUAGAUAACUCUUUUUCCUCUAAUUAUUAUACGAUACAAAUUAUAUAAAAAUUAAAUAAAAUUCAUAAUAUUUUUCCUUUUUUUUUUGUUUCUAUUUUUGUUGGGCUGAAAGUCAUACACGUACAAAAUUAAUAAUACAUACUGUCCAACUGA